AUGUAAUAAUAAUAAUAGCCACGAUAAAGAACAAAGGAAAGAUAUGUAAGUGAAGCAAUAAAUUUAGUUAAAUUAUGGAGGUAUUUAUUUAUUCUUUAAUAUUUAGAUAAGUUUAUUAAACUGAAACUAAAAUAGUAGAUGGCAGAACUGUUAGAAUCACAUUAGAUUAGGCUGCAGAAAUAGUAGGCUGUCCAAGAAAAACUUUAGAAGAUUAUUAUUAUUUAUUAAGAAAGGCUGAAACAUUAGGUAGAUUUCAAUAUUUAUUUAUAUAAGUUAAUUUAGAGGACAAGAGAAAUGAAAAGAUGGGUUAUAUCAGAAAAUUAUGUAGAGAGAAUAAAAAAUAAAAAUAAUAAUUUAAAUAGGAAGAAGAAUGUUACCAACUUAAUUAAUUUUAAUUUGAAGAUAACAUUCAUGAUGAUUGA